UCUUGAAUUUUUGAGUGAAUUAUCAAUUAUGUUCAAUUAAAAAUCUGGUUUUAACUUUUUCCUCGUGUUUCCGAAAACGUCCGAAAGUUUUUGAGCGACAGGAUUUGGUAUCUUUUGGCGCCAAACGCUGUGAAUUAAUUAUUUAUAUCAAUGGAAAGGUAUAUGUUGUAAACUCACUGAACAAAUAUUUAAUUUUAAACAGUAUAAUAGCCUGUGGUUUUUUAGCUAGCAAUUAUCUUUGUUAAUUGUGCUAUUUUGUGCCUUUAAAAUUGAUUAAAUCCUUUGUAUUGCUACAAAAGCACUGCAAAGGUCUGCAAACCGCCUAAUGAAAUUUCAAGGAAUUUUCAAGGAAAUAACGUAUACAAUCUAAGGAAUUUAGAGAAAUUUUGAUGACAAAAAUGAGAAAUUUUGAUUUUGAAAAUGGAAGCACUGAGUCAAGCCAAAACGAAAAUAGUGAAGUUGUGUGUUUGCGUACUUGGUAAAUGAUUUUCAAUUUUUUCCUCUUUUGGGGCAUUUUUGACCGAAAAACAUGAGUCAAAAGCUCCGUGUUAACGUUCAUGUAAAUCCAUCUGACGUGUUCGAAGCGGAUCAAAGUAUUUCCCUCAAUGUCCAAGAAGACACAAGGUACGUACUAGAUGUAAAACUUAGUGACCAUCAUGUGAUUCAGACAUGACGACAUGUAAAUUUUUUGACAGUAUUAACUAUGUUAUAACUCUAAAUUCAACUAUAUUGAAAAUCUUUAAUACUGAAAAUGCUGUGCUGAGUGGUUAUAUUACUACCUUCAAAAAUAAGCAGAAACUCGACGUUUCGAGCGACGGCCCUUCGUACUGACCCAUAUAAGUGUGAGACAGUUUUGUCUUUCAUCUCUAUGGUUUGAUUCCUACAGUACACCAUGCAGGGAAUAGGGAUGCAUUUCCCUGAAAGGGAUAUUACCGAAUACCGAAUAUAGUCGAUUUAGUCAUUUAGUAUAUACGCUGAGGCAAAUUUCUUUAUCAGGACAAAUGACUGUAUCACAUUGACAAAUAGGGUUUACAAAAAUAAUAUAUACAUUUUCAAUAAUAAAAAAUCUAGCUUAUAUAUAUUAGAAGAAUAAUGCCAAAAUAUUAUCUUUGAAUCCCAAAAGUAUAGUAGCCUGCAUAGCAGUUGGUUUUUUGGGGGAGGAAUUGUGGGCGAGCUUGUGGGUGGGAAAAUUAAGGCAGGAGAAAAUGGGAGGGCAAGUAAAAUUCAUACGAAAAUGGAAAAGUACAAAGCCAGCCCUCGAAAACCGUCAAAAUUGAGGUUGUCAAAAAAUGCCGACCUAAAUCUGACCUAGGUCGGCACGUCUCUGCAUUUUUUAAAAUCUGUUUCCAUGUCUUGGAGCACUGGUAAUCACAUAUUUAUGAAUCAUUGAAAAAUAACACGACAGCUUUUCUUUUGAAGUCUGACCUAAAUUAUAUAUAGAAUACACGUCAAAUUUUAAACUUUUAAAUUUUAAACACCGAAGUGUGUUUAGUAAAUCGAACUACGAAUCAAAUUCUGUAAUCGCUGACUUUUUAACAGCUAUCAGCACAAAAAAAGAUUGGUUGAUAUGUCGGCAUUUAGGUUGGCAUGCAAAGCAAGUCGGGGGCUGCAAAGCAAGUUUUAAAAAUGCCCUUCUCUCCAUAAAUGUUAGAGGAGGGAGCAGAGGGGGUGGCAACCCCCUCCAGCAAACUAAUUGAAGUUGGGCCAAAUGCAUCAAAGUCAGGAAAAUUUGUUCCUGCCCUAUUUUUUCCCCUCCAUGUGCACAUGAAUGUUACAGUGUAUUGGCCUGUUUACACUUGCAAUUUUUUAUGCGAUUUCUACAGUAGUGGGAUUUUUUCCUUCUGAUGCAUGUGAACGAAUGGAUGAGUUACAAAUGUUCGGAGUACAUGUUCCCUCAUUUGAACAUUCAUAACUUAUCCACUUGUCAGAGACGGAUUUUUGUUUGGGGGGGGGGUGGAUAAAUAUCUGGGGGGUGCUGCUGCUUUCUUUGGCCGGGGCGUGGUGGCAACGCCCGGAAAGGCCAAGGAAAAAGUUUAACAAAAUUUGUUUUCUAGGCCUGCAUGGCGAGAUCUGAGAUCAUAAUAUUGGUAAUUUUACAAAUUUAGUAGUAAAUUUAGUAGUAUUUUACAAAUUUAGUGGGGGUGCCAAAUGCCUUUGAGGGGGUGCAAAUCAUUUCUGGAGUGCAAAAUCUGUGCCUGCCACUCGUUCACAUCCAUCAUCAGACGAAAAUCGCACCUAAAAUUGCAGCAAAAAUUGCAAGUGUAAACAAGUCUUAUAGCAGGUGUAUAUGAAGGUUAUAUCCCCAUGUUUUGUGCAUGAAUAUAUCUGUACCUUUGAUCUGGUCUUGAGCCCAAUCAUGAAGCCUAUCCUUAACCCUUUUGUGCAUGAAACAUGAGGAAAUAACCACAUGAAGAUGAGACUAUUGAAACAUGUGUGCAAUAAACAGUACAAACAGUACAGUGUAUUGAUAUUUAUUUAUAGUUGGUCUGAUGUGUGUGAAUUAAUUAAAGAAAAAGUGAAUAAUUUCUUCACUACCUCACUUGCUUUUCAAUACUUGGACGAAGAUGCUGAUUAUAUUUCAGUAAGUUCUCCAUUUAUAAAUAUGCAAGCUUAAUCUUUAUAAACAUUUAAUAAAAAAAGUGAAAAUUAUUAAAAUUUGCAAAUUAUUAAAAGCAGUACGUCAUACAAAGUUACAAACUGUUCAUCUCUGCAAGAAACACACCUUCACACACAUAUUCAAAGCAGAAUUUUUUCAGGAUUUUUUGGGCUGUUAAAUGGCUACAGAAAUUCAAUGUUGAGUUAUGCUCUGUCAAUCUCAUCAAGAGUUUCAGUGCAGUGAAAAUUAAGUUGUCUGAAAUUUGUGACGGUGAUAUAGUUUUACCACCUAGCAAAGCAUGUCAGACUUGCAUGCAAUUCAUUUCACAGCACAAAAAAACCAUGAACAAGAACAUCCACACAGUUUAUGUACAGUAGCUUGUAUAUGUUAUGCAAUGCUGUGCUUAGGAGCCAUUGUAUUAAGGGUAAUGUGAUGGGUAUUACAAUGGAUCCUAAACCCCUUCCUAAAUUCAAUCUUCUAUCCAGCAGAAACUCCUGAAAAACCCCUGAAAAUUUGAAAGUAUCAAUUUGUUAUACUGUAUUGGUGAACAGUUUCACAAUUAAAAAAUUGUAUAUUACUUAUACACACAUGUACAGGGCUGCACUGCCAGUUUGUGUCAUUGAAAACCAGCAGUGUGGACCAAAGUGCUUGCAUGUAUAUACUGUAUUGAUCUCUACAAAACGCAUAGUUAAAAUACUGUUUGCGGGGUUUUCAUCAGGGUUGUACUGAUGAGGAGUGGAAAUAUGCAAUAGCUGCUGGUAGUACAAAAUCGAGAGAUGAACUUGUGUUGCACAUAAAAGCAGUUCCAACUGAGAAUGUCACAAAACCUUCUGCUCAAUGUGGUCCAGCUAGUGAUAUCCAGCCUGCCUGCUGCUUUAGGUAGGUCAAAAAUACAUUAAUUUUUUUUAAACAAAUCCCACAUUCAGUAGUUAUAUCCAAUAUAUUUUAUGUAC